AUGGCUAAUUCGUAUCUUAGGAUCUGUUACUUGGUUCUGUGGCUCUUUGCCAGUUUAUUAGAGCUUUACCUUUACCUGAGCGCGACCAGAGGCAUUGCUCCAAACGUAGCUGUUCUAUGGUUUCUACUUUGGGUACUUUCAGCGCCCCUUUGGCCUUUCUUCAAAUUGAUUUCGGCAUGGAUUUCCUUUGGGAAAAUCUUGUUCGAUUUGAAUGCCGCUCUUAGAGAGCAUCUCGGCAUUGAACUCCCAAAAAUAGAAACCUGGCGAGACUGGUGGAUUGCUGCGUCUCAAUGGCCCCCUGCUCAAUCUCAAAUUCAUCCUCCUCCUCCCCGUUCAGACGCAGUUCUUCAGCAAUGGGUGGACUUGUUCCCUUUACUUGGGGAACUGCAGAGACGUGUAGCUGCUGGAGAACCUGUAGGACUUGAGCUAAGGUCCCCAUCAACGACAGCACCAUCUUUAGAACGAGACCUCCUCAUGCCCGCUCUUGAGCUUCGUGGUAUAGGCUCUCGGGUCGCUCGUUUGAUCGAACAUGCUAAUAAACUAAAUUGUCCCGUUCGAAAUGAAGAAUUGACUUAUGAUGCUCUCAGUACAAUGUCAACCCAUUUUCGACGAUAUAGGGUUGCCGCCCGGACCGCAUCGGAGUUUCAAUGGUGGGAUCAGAGUGUCCCCCAUCCAGCCUGGAUCGGCUGGACCGUUCGGUUUGAUCGGGAGGCAGUCUUUAUGGGUAUGAUCGCUCAGGGGAUCAUGGUAAUUACCACUGUUGCUCGGCAUCCUGUUAAUAUCCAAAUCCCUCAUACUGGCUCUAUCUUCAACACGUUGUACCUUGAUGAGUAUGGCACAACCGAUUCAUUGAGGCAAAUAUUUGUCACCAUAAUCAUAAACGUCCAGACUCGUGCGCAUUUAGCAACUCUCGGGAGGGAGGCUGGAUCACAGACCUAUGAACGUGGUACGCCAGAGUAUGAAGCGAUUUUGGGUAUCCGGAUCGGCCGUACAGUCGGUUAUCUUGUGAUUGCAGCUUUUGCUCGAGGAACUCGCCGAAUAGCUCGUAUUGAACUCAUUUAUCACAGAUCUCAUGAUCUUCGGUUUGAAAUCGAAAAUAACUCUUGA